AUGAGCCUCGUAAACGACGGAAUUCUCCGUGUCCGGGGCUCCAUAGUUGAUGCGGCAUGCGUACUGACUCUGAAAGUCGAGUUGCAAGAUUUCAUUGAUCCCCUGAGCACUAAAUCUACGUGGAACAGGUCAUGGUUCAUCCAGGACGACCCGAUCUUACCCAAUCUCCCCUUCACUGCUGACCGCGAUAGAGCCUUUGGUGCCAUUGUUUCAGCCGCAGAGAUUAUGUCAUUGAGUAUGCUUCGCUCAUAUCCCAACGGUGAGAGCGUGCUCAACGCGGUGUGGAAGACACUCAUCACCAACCGAGGUUGGAUGAACAACAGCGAUCCAGAAGGCGAGCGGUUCGCAUACGAGGCAUUCCGUGAAUCCAGGCGUGAUCCUUUCGAUGACGAAUGGUGGCCACCAAGGUCGCUGUCUGCUGCUGAUAAGGAGAAGAUAUGGCCGUUUCAAGCCAUGGUGCUCAAGGCGAACCAGGGACAUCGCUUCGGUAUCACGGCAUGCGGAUUCGUGGGGCUGUUUCCGAAGGAGUGUCAGAUGAGCGAUCUGAUUGCUAUCCUCCCGGGUGCUCGGACGCCUUUCGUGCUAAGACCCGACCCUUCAAGAUCUUUGUUUACUCUGGUUGGAGACUGUUAUGUGCACGGCAUGAUGAAUGGGGAGUUUCUUUAUCCGAGGAGGAGUGGCGAGCUUUGUGAUGUAAAUUGGCCGGAGCGGCAGUAUCGCAUUAAGCUGCACCCUUGGAAUCCGAUGUUUACUGAAAAGGUGAAACAUCUGCUGAGGCAAUAUUUUGAUCCUGAUCGGCAGAAGUUUGCUACUGUAGGAUAUUUGGACUUUCAUUGA